UACUAAAUCUACCCUCACACCUGGGCUUGUGUGGUGCUGAUCAAUUUGCAGGAGCUGCUGUACAGCAGGAGUCCUGUGUGAUUCCUGUGCUAGUGCUGGGGCGAAGUCCUCUGUGUGCAGUGGACCUGGCGUGGAGUCUGAGAGGAGCUCACGUGGGAUGGUGUGGCCUCAACACCCAGCACCAGGCCUCAUGCUGUUUGCUUCCUGUGAGCCUAUAAACACCAGCCUUCGUAAGUCUCUCUAGAAGCUGCAACCCAGCCCCAUCUUUAGAAUGCAGUGGAACGUACUGCGGACUGUGUCUCGGCUGGCACAUAGGACGUGCCUGGGGUCGCACACAGCUGGGCUAUUUGAACACUGUCAGCAUGUGAAGGGACCAUUGUUUUUGCACCAUGCCAAGUCCAGAGUGGUUUGUGCACAAAGCCCUCAGGAGAGGUGGCUGUGCUCACCUGUGGCCCAGUGCCUGGCAGAGGAGCGGAAGCCACUGUCUGCACGGCCUCUCCAGCCCAGGGUCCUUCGCCAUGAACAAUGGGUGCGGGAUGUUUCGUCUGCCAGGAGUUUAUCAUCCAGUGCCACCCAGGGGAUGCCUUCAGAAAAAAAGGAAGAGCCUGAUCCUCUGCAAGACAAAUCUAUUAGUCUUUAUCAGCGGUUUAAGAAGACAUUUAGACAAUAUGGGAAAGUUUUGAUUCCUGUGCAUCUAAUAACUUCUGGUGUUUGGUUUGGAACAUUUUAUUAUGCAGCCAUAAAAGGAGUGAAUGUCGUUCCUUUUCUAGAGCUCAUUGGGUUACCUGACAUGAUUGUGAACAUCCUGAAAAACUCCCAGAGUGGAAAUGCUCUGACCGCCUAUGCCAUGUUCAAGAUUGCAACGCCUGCCCGCUACACAGUGACUCUGGGAGGAACGUCCUUCACUGUGAAGUAUCUGCGUGGUCGUGGCUACAUGUCAACCCCACCGCCAGUCAAGGAGUAUCUGCAGGACAGGAUGGAGGAGACCAAGGACAGACUCACAGAGAAGAUGGAGGAAACCAAGGACAGACUCACAGAAAAACUGCAAGAAACCAAAGAAAAGGUUUCCUUUAAGAAAAAAGUGGAAUAGGGUGCCUUAUAUAACACAGCUCACAGACGUUUCGUACACUUUUACCCUCUGGAGACUUUGGGUAGAGAUACAAGUUUUUGUUUUUGUUUUUUUGGUUAGUUACUUAAAAAUACCAGUUCUCUGAGGGUUAAGGAAUCUUGAUACCUUUUUUAAAGUUAAACAUCACUAGAAAAAUCAGUGUUUUUGAAAAUAAGUGAACCCAGUAUAAGAAUCUUGCAUCAUAGCAGCAAUAAGUAGUGGCUACUGUCUUUCAAAGCCGGGCUCCUGGGCCUCCCAGGCCUGUAGGGUCACACCUGUGCUGCUGUUCCGGCCAGCUGGAGUUUGUGCAUGCAAGGCAGGUGGCACCCAGAUGACUAGAUCCAGGCAGACUGUUCACACUGGAUUGUAGUCUUUCUGUUACUCACCAAGGUUUAAUGCAUUCACUUCUCCUAGGGGAGCCACCUUGCCCCCCCAGGCUGCCUGUGAAUGGGAGAGAACUUGGUCUUUCUAUAACUAACUCUUACCUACCAUUUAAAAUAGAGACUUUAUAUGGAGAAGGUUGAAUAAAAAUCGUCUUAUGUAUGUAAAUUAGAUGUACUGGUUAUAUGUAAAUGGAAAAAAAGCCUUUGAGGUUUAACCUAAAGCGCGUCAGGAGUCAUGUAUACUUUUCAAGUGUGUAUAUUAGUUGUCACUAGAACAUCGAGAUGUUUUGAAUCUUUUUGUGGGGGAGAAAUUGUUUUUGUUUUUGUUUUUUUGGUACCAGGGAUCAAACUCGGGCCCUUGUGCUUGCGAGGCAGGUGGCGGAACCACUGGGCCAAAUCCCCGGCCCUUUUGAAUCGUUUUUCACUGCUUUAGCUGACGUUUUGGAAGAUGAGUGACUCAGCUUGAGGUUGUCCAGCACCUGGAAGCUUGGGUGGCCACGGUGAUGCCAGGCUGCCGUAGGGAGGGCUGUCCCUGCGUGGGAAACACUGCACUCGGCACAGCCCUGUGGGUUCCCAGCAUCUUCAUCCAAGCGAGCGUUAAUUCAUUAUGGAGCAAAUCUUAAAACUGGCUACAGUGAUUUCUCUUACAGUGAAGGAAGAUAUCCUUGCAUGGGCAUUUUACGUGAUUAUUUUAACACAUACCCAACAAGGCCGUAAUUUGUAUGUCUCCCUGCUGAGUGGCUCUGAUUUGAAUUCCAUUUCCAGUGUUAAAUAGAUAAGUACUGGUGGUUCAAGUCACCCGAUGGGACAGUCAUGCACGUACCAUUGGUGGUUCAAACUGACAGGAACGUGUUAAUAGCAAACUUGCUGUUAGAUUAUCUGCUUCAAUCAGGCCUGGUGGUACAUGCCUGUAAUCCCAGCACUUGGGAGGCUGAGGCAGGAAGGUUGCAAGUUUGAG